CUGAUUGAGUACUGACUGAGGUUGAUUGUUUCCAGGUACUUUAGUUGCUCAGUUCCUUGUGAACUUUUGCUUUGCGUUGCUUAAGCAACUUGCAUUUGAGGGACACUUUUGAUCGAGAUUCUGGUUGAGAGAUUUUCUGCUCCAGUAUGAGGACCGGUUUGAAGAACAACAUUGCUUACAGUUUCUUUGAUCCAGAGAUUGGUGUGCUCAAGGAUAUGAUAGCAUUGAUUACUCCUGACCAUGUGGGAAUGUUUAGAGAGUCAUACGGCGGUAUUCUGAAGAUGGUUUUCAGACUCACUGACUGCGACAGGAGCGCCAUCCACACUCUUCUUCAGUUCUAUGACCCUGGGUUGAGGUGUUUCGUUUUUCCAGACUAUCUGUUGGGACCUCUGAUGGAGGAUUAUGUCAGCAUCCUGGGUAUUCAGAUCCGUGAUCAGAUUCCUUUCCAUGUCACUAGGGCGGAGCCGGAUGUCCUUGGGAUUUCACGUGCUCUUUAUUUGAGUCCGGAAAUGGUCAAGGAAGGUUGGAAGGAGAAGGGAAAGUUACCUGGAUUUCAUUUGAGUUUCUUGGAGGCUAAUGCCAAGGAACAUGCUGCUGCGGGUAACUGGAAGACGGUUUGUGCUCUGAUUGCUGUGAGCAUUUAUGGGAUUGUUCUGUUUCCUAACCAGAAGAAUUUUGUGGACCAUAAUGCUAUCAGAUUGUUUAUGCAGAGAAACCCUAUUCCUACCCUGAUUGGAGAUGUCUACUACUCAGUGCAUAACAGGAAUGAGAAGAGGCGGGGUGGUCUGGUUAGAUGCUGCUCUCAGUUGCUCUUUAGAUGGUUCAUGGGGUAUUUGCCUUCCCGAGGUGCGUUUGUUCAGAUUGACCCUAGUGUCAAGUGGUCCUUCCGAUUGAUGGGUCUGCGGGCUGAUGACAUUGCUUGGACUCAUAAUGGUUUAGCUGGUCAGGACUUCAUAUGUAGUUGUGGGAGUUUACCUAAUGUGCCUUUGGUGGGAGUUCAGGGUUGCAUUAAUUACAACCCGAUGCUUCUCCGGAGACAGAUGGGGUUUGCUAUAGAGGGUCCUCCUCUCGGGCGAGAGAUUCAGGAGUCCUUCUAUUUCCCGAUUGAUGGUAACCAGACCAAGUUGAGGCAGGUAUUGGACGAAUGGCGAGAUAUCCAGAGGAGGGGUAAGGUUCCUUAUGGCAAAGUCAACUGCCGGUAUUUUCCACUAUUUGAGGAUUGGUUGCGGAAGAGGAUUGAGUCUACAUUUCUACCGUUCCCUGGAGGUGACUCAGUGUGUCCUAGGAUUGAGGGUCCAAGUUCUUCUGUCAGCAUGGAUGAGUUCUUAGAGGUGAAGCGGGAACGAGAUCAGCUACUUGCAGAGAAGACGGAAUUGGAGAUGAGUGUCGCUCGGGUUCAGAGAGCUAAUCAGGAGCUCAAAGCAAAGAUGGAAGAUCAGGAUAAGCGGCAUGCUUUGGAGACCAAGCGAUUUGAGAUGGAUACGGCCUACUAUGGGAAGGUUAGUCAGGCUUUGGCAUCUUCAGCAAAGGAGCAUGAUAUCACUAAGGAGAAGCUGUUCAGAGCAUCAAAGGUGAUUGAAGAUGAGAAGAGGAGGCAAAUCCUAGUCAGGGAUCAGAGAGAUGAGAGAGCCAGAGUCCUCGCUGCAGAGUGGGAAGCGGAAAAGGCAAAGAUCAGGGCCGAGAGAGAUCAUAACAUGGCAGAGAGAGACCACUACUUCAGGCAGAUGAAGAUUCAUCAGAAGGAAGUUGGAAGACUACAGCAGGAGAACAUAGAGCUCAGGUUCGCCGCAGAGUUCGCAAGGAUGGAAGGCGAGAUAAGGCCAUCUGCGGGACCCUCAUCCAGUUAGAUCUUUCUUUUGUUGUGAAUUACCGUCAGGCUUGUUGACGGAAUUCACUUGUCUGUAUUUCUUUCCUAUUCUGGAGGAUUGUAUCUGACCUUAUCGGGUUGAUGUAUGACUAUUGCACUGAUUGUGCACUCUUUUGGUUAUGUGAUGGCGAUUUUCAUUCA